AUGAUUAAUAUAGAUGAAGAAAUUUUAAAGAAUAAAUGUAAUUCAGGAAAUUUGGAGAAUAUUUCAAAAAAGAAGAAUAGCAAAUUAGUAAGCAAAAAUAAAUGUCUAGAAUAUUCAUAUUCUAGUCCUGUUAUAAGAUUAAAAAAAAAAAAGAAUUCUUCAAAAUUAAAUAAAAUAGUCGAAAUUUCAAAAGUGUUUUAUGAGAAAAAAAAUGAUAUAAGUACAAUAAUAUCACCAUGUAAAAAAUUAGAUGAAAAAGUAAUUAAUUUAAAGAAAAAAUCUUUAAAUAAAAAAUUAGACAAAAAAAUAAAUUAUAAAAAUAGUAAUAAUUCAAUGAAAAUAAAUUUAGAUAAAAAAAAUUAUUCUAAUAGUAAUAAUUUAUCGUAUGGGGAAAAAUAUAAUGCAAUAAAAGAAAAAAAAGAAACUUUAAAAAAAAUGGAAACAUCUAAUAUAAGUAAUUCCAGUUCUUAUAAUAUAUAUCAAUUAAAUGAAAAUUUUCAUUUCAAAAAAGAUAACAUAAUGGAAAGUUCUAAUGAGGUGAAACUAAGUAACAGUAAAUACCUAAAAGGUAGAUGUAUUUUAAAAAGGUUAAAUGGAGAAACAAAAGAAUUAAAUAUUAAUGAAGUAAAUAAUAUUUUAGUAAAUUAUAUUCCUUAUCAAACAAGUGAUGUAGUUAAAGCAAAUGAAUUUAAAACUAAAAGAAGCUUUUCAUCUAUACCUAAUAGUUUGGAGGAUUUAACUAGUUUACCAAUAGUUUACGAAAAAGGAGACUUUGAAUUAGUAAAGAAAUGCAGAGAUGCGUCAAAAAAAAGGAUUAUACACAAAAAUUGGCCUAAUAGUAAAAUGCCUUCAAAAAUUAAACUUCCCAUCCAAAAAAAAUACAAAAUAUUGACUCAUUCAAAUUUAAAUUUAAAAUAUGGAGAGUAUCAUUCAUAUAAGACAAAUGAAGAGAAAAAAAGAUCAGUAACUACUUUUAAUUAUUCUUCUAAAAAUUUUAGAAGCUUAAGUUGCACUAAUAUGAAUUAUAGUGAUAAUAAUGAGAAAAUUAAAAAUAGAAAAAGCUCAAAAAAGUCAAUAUUUUGUGAUUCAGAAGAAUUUUAUAUGACUCCAGUAGGAGAAGCAAAAUUAUGCGGAUUUGAAAAAGAAUUCAUGAGACUUGAAUCAAAUCAGGAAAAAAUUCAUUUAUUCCAUCCAUCUCAAGUAAAGCACAGUAAAACUAUCAUUUCUCCAAACAUAAAUUCAAUUAAAGAAAAUUUAACUUCAAUGGUUUUGAAACAUUCUAAAAAUAUGAUUUUGAGCAAAUUAAAAAAAGAGAAAACUAAAAAAAAAAAUAACUCAAAAAACAGAAAUAAUUCUUUAGUAGAUAGUAUUUUAGAGAACGAUAAUUUUUCGAAAUGGAAUUUUUUAGGAAAUAGUAAAAAUUUACAGAAUACUACUUAUCAAGAAGCAAAAAAUAGAAUCAACGAUGAAAACGAAAAAAAUAAAAUAUCUUACGAAAAUAAUGAUUCGUUCAUAUUAAACUAUAAUAAAAAGUUAAAUCAUUCUAAAAAUUUAAUAAUCAGAAAGACUAAAUCACCAUUUAGAAUUAUUGAACAAGAUUUAACAAUAGCAGAAAUACUAACAGAAAAACCAAGAGUAAAAUCAGUUGAAAAAAAAAAAGUUAUUGAAAAAAUAAACGACUAUAAGGUGAUAUACAAAAGUGAAGAUAUUAUGAGUAUUUAUAAAAGUAAUAAAAAUAAAGAGAAGGAUGAACAUUUUUUGGAUGUAACUAGUUUAUUAUGUAAGCCAGGAUAUAUUGGAAAUUAUUUAUGCGAGACAACCUCUACAAUUAAUCUUUCUUAUAUAAAAAAAAAAAAGGAAGAAAGUGAAAAAAAAAAAAUAAUAGAAGAUAAUAAUAAAGAUAAUGAAAAAAUGAGAGAAAAUUAUAUUAGUUGUAACAAUGAAUAUUAUGUAUCGGGUGAAAAUAGAGAAAAAAAUGAAAAGUAUCAACAUGAACAAAAUGAAUGUACAAAAUAUAAAAAUAUGUUUGAAUUAAAUAAAGAUGAAAAUGAUGAAAUCUUACAUUAUUUAAAAGAAGCUAUAAAAAACGCAUCAGCAAUUAAUGUAGAUUUACAGUAUAUUAUGAUAAUUUUUAAUGAAAUACUAGAGAAGGAAAAAAGGAUAAUAUAUAAAAAAGAAUUAUUACCUUCUAGUACAAAUGAAAUAAAUUCCAUAAAUAAAAAUAUUAGAAAUAAUGUAUUAUAUAGCCACUGCAACAAGUAUACUCAAAAAAGUGAUUAUUUGAAAAAAUAUUAUAAAAAUUAUAACAUAUAUAAAAAUAACUUAAGUUCCAAUUAUAAUAUAUUGAAUAAGGGUGUAUUAAAUAGUUUUAAUAAUAGUAAAAUUACAAAUAACAAAAAUAACAUAAGCAGUUCAUAUAAUAAUUAUAUUAUAAAUAAUGUAAGCAAUGAAAAAAUGGUAUUAAACAAUUUUAAUAACAGAUAA